AUGACCGCCCUGGCCACAACAACAACUCUAGACAUCCUGGCCCGAGCGCAAUCAAAACACGGCACGACCCGUUGCGUAGGGGAGACGCAUAUCCACCCCCGACACUUGACCACAAUCUUGGUCCUUGCUAUGAUACGACGAGGCAGGACAGAGGGAUGGCUCAAGCAGCCCGUCGACGCCUUGCCUACAUGGGCCACUUUCCACGGUGUCCAGUUCAAUGGCGUCAAGGUCGGCCCUUUACCAGGCUAUGAAGACAGAGGAUCGACCGUCGUCGCCAGCCAAGCCCUCCAAGCUGGCAACGUUGAGCCUCUCCUGAUUGUUCCCAAGGAGUUGAUCAUAUCUCUGCGAAGCAUAGAGCUUAUUGCAAAAGUGGACCACCAUCUUCACGACCUCCUCGAUUCUCUUGGUGACUUUGGAAGGACAACAAGAGGUGCCGUGCUCACGUUUCUACUGUUUCAAGCAACCAUCUGUUGUCCAGACACCAAGGAUAUCGGUGUUCUGAACCCUCUUACCGAAUACGUCAAGUUCCUCCCAGAUGAGCUGCUUCCCACCUUCUGGACCGAAGAGGAACUUGAACUUCUCGUAGGGACCACGCUUAAGCCUGCUGUUGGCGCUAAACUCAAUGGUCUACUGCGCGAGUUCGAGAAGCUGCGCACCGCUACCGAGUCUAUCCCUUGGUGUGCCAAGUACUGGUGGAACGAAGACAGCGGCAUGGUGACUUUCGAUGACUGGAUGCGUGUGGACGCCAUGUAUAGAUCUAGAGCACUAGAAUUUCCAGACGUCGGUGACUGCAUGGUACCGUGCAUCGAUAUGGCCAACCACGCAUCGGGCGAUGCAACAGCCGCGUUGUACGAGACUGAUCGCGACGGGAACGCUUUGCUUUUGCUUCGAGAUGGCAAAAACAUCGCGCAAGGCGGGGAGAUUACCAUCACGUACGGCGAUGACAAGGGAGCGUGUGAAAACAUCUUCUCGUAUGGCUUCGUUGAAGAAACAAUGACGACUGCCAAAGUCAUUUUCUUGGACCUUGACAUCCCAGACGAUGAUCCACUAAGACCGGCCAAGAUGUAUGUUUCGACAGCCGCACCUGGCUUCCGCCUCUUUGAGCAAAACGGCGCCAUAGAAUGGGAAAGCGACUAUGUAUGGCUUGUUGUAGUGAACGAAGAAGACGGUCUAGACUUCAAGAUUCGACAGACAAUAGACGGCAAGAAAGAAAUCCAAUCUUUCUGGAAGGAGCAGGAGCUAGAUACUGUCAAGCUACGUGUACAACUCGAAGAGGACCCAGCAUGGGAUGUCUUCCAGCUACGCGCAACAGUACUUUUGGAGAAUCGCGUUGACGCGCAGAUCGAGACGCUCAAAGGAUCGGCACGCACUAAGCGCGAGGCUACUAUACGGGAUGUGCCGUGGACACUGGCGGAGCGACUCCGAAGUCUGGAGCUAGAUAUGCUAGAGCGAGCCCUACUCACUCUUGACAGGCAGAAAGCUAAACUCCUAGACUCAAAGGUCGUUAUACAUUAUCUAGGCAUGGACGAAGGAGCAGAAGAUGAAGAAGACGACUUUUCUUAAAAGCCUGGUGAACACCACAUUUGCACAUUCGCAAGGGUCUACGGCACGAGUUCAUAUAACGUCGUGUAACCCUUCUAAUUAAUCUGGUUCCCACACAACCCCGAAGGUUCAUGCAAGUCGCCUUAAAACGGUAACGGCCAGGAACACGACAUGAAGCUCAUUCAUCGUAGAAGAUCAAUAGAAGCAUCGCCCGCCGGUCAUUCAUUUCAGCUUCUUUAAUCAUCGCAUGUACAUACUUGACUAUCUGUGCAACUAUGCUGAAGUUCAAA